AGCCAUGCAAUCAGCAACAGCAACUCGUACUGUUACACAAAUGGAGACGAACGUAAAUCCAUCAAUUAGGUAUGACCCGACCGUCUUUCGUACGAUUCCGGGUAUUAUAAAAUGCACUUGUGUUGUGCUCAACUUACUCGGCUUUUUGUGUGUUGAGAGUUCAGUGUAUACAAGUCUUAAAAGCGGAACAUUCUUCAAUACAGUCGCAAUGAUUGGAUUUUGGUUCACCGGCAUUUUAUUGGUGUUCUAUGUCUUUCAUGUUGUGGAGAAGUUCUUCCGUAUUCCAUGGAUACAGAUUGAAAUGUAUUUUUGUAUAGCUUGGACAGCUCUUUAUCUAAUUGCAUCAGUUACUGUCUCCACUGUAACAUACUCUGGUGCUUAUACAGGAGCGGCAUUCUUUGGAUUUUGUGCAAUGGUUGCGUACGGUUAUGAUUCCUGGCUUAAAUUUAAUGCUUGCAAGAACGGUGAAAUUGCACAAGGAACACGAAAGGUUGUGACUCAACAGCAGACAGUCAUCACUCAACAAACUCCAUCGGCUUUUCCAGCAUAAGAAAAACACACAUUCAUCCUUAGAUAACUUUGUUAUGUUUACGUUUUCAUAACACUUAAG